CUAGUUCUUUGUUAUCAGUCGGUCGAGAACUGAGCAGUUGUUCAGCAUGAAGUUUUUUAUAUUCUGUCUACUUUUGGCUGCUGUUUCAGCGGAAGCACCGUUUUCUGGUUAUGCACCGUCAGGAUGGCGGCCACAAGGAGAACAGUUUCGGUUACCAACGGAAUACGGAGCUCCCGUAGUUCAGCAAGCAGUAGAUGUUGAAGUUACUAAGGGAAACAUUGCCUAUGCAGGCCAACUCGUUGAAACGACUACUGAACAAAAUCUGUCCAACGAAUAUCUGCCACCAACAACGACCAAUCUGCCGGGACUUGACCCAAUUCGAGUCCAAGGACUUCCUGAUAAUCAGUUUAAAAAUUUCCAGCAGACUAAUCCCCAGCAAGCUGCUCGAUUUAGUCUGCAACGAAAAAUUAACCCAGCUCCAAAGCCAUUGCAAGUUCAACAGCCUCAGCCUAUUUUUCUCUUAAACGGUCAAUUACGUGUCCUACCUACCAGCAAUUUUCAAUUCGGUCGUCAACAGCAAGCCGAGGUGCCCGCACAAACCUACGGAGUCCCAGAUGCUGGUAACGAUGACAAUGGGAAAGAAGAGCAACCUGGUACCUUCGAUCAACCAGAAGAAACACAACCCACCGAGCAACCGGAAACGGAUGAAGAUGACACCCAAAGCGAGCCAAAUCAGGGUAACGAUCGGCCCGUUAUUGCUAUCUCCAAUGCCUUUUCAGGCCAGUAUUACAUCCUCGGCAAAGACAAUAAUCUUCAACGGGUGAAAUUUUCGACUUCGCAAUCUGAAGAGGAUCGUCGUCAAAUGGGAUUCACUGCCCAGCUGCGUUACUCACCAGUCGAACCAAUACAAGGACCCGUUUACGCGUAUAACGAACAAGGUCAGUUGGUCAGGAUUUACAAGUAGAAUGGGACAUACUGUCUGAGCUUUUGGCUUGAUCAAAUAUUCUGGUCAUGCAAAUACUUGUCUAGAAACCCUUGUAUAUCACGUGCGUCUGUUUGAAUAUUUCGUAUAUAAUUUAUUUUGAUUUCUUUUUAAUUUAUUUUGAAUUUAAUUUAUUAGAAAACAUGUUUAUGCAACAUUAAAGAAUGUACUCUGUAUUGAUUUUGUGAGUUAAUGACUCAUUAACGAUUC